AUGGAGGGGACCAUUGCAACUGAAGGCAUAUUCCUGGAAAUCUCCGAAAUUGAAAAAAUAAACCUAAGUCCUGCAGCCUUUUCACGAAUGUACAAUCUGAGAUUGCUCAAAUUCUAUCAUAACACCUAUAUGUCAUGGAAAAAUCCUACUGGCUUUAUAUCAGAAACUACGACGGUUUCAUGUGAUGGUCUUCAAUCUCUUCCUAAUAAGCUAUGUUAUCUCCAUUGGCAUGGAUAUCCUUGGGAAUCAUUGCCUUCUAACUUUUCAAUGGAGAAUCUUGUCGAACUUAGCUUGCCGUUCAGCCAAGUUAAAGAACUCUGGAAUGGAGUCAAGCAUGUUCCGAAGUUAAAGCUGCUUGAUCUUCAUGAUUCCGAUCACCUGACAAGUCUUCCGGACCUUUCUUCAGCUUUGAAUUUGGAAAGAAUAAUUCUUGAUAAUUGCACAAGCUUGGUUGAAAUUCCAUUGUCCAUUCAAUGCCUCAACAGGCUUGUUUAUCUGAGUUUUUCUAAUUGCAAGAUGCUGCAGAGUGUUCCAAGCCUGAGUCUUUUGAAAUCUCUAAGGACCCUUAAUCUCUCUACCUGCUCGAGUUUGAGGAAGUUUCCAGAAGUUUCAGGGGAUAUAGAAGAGCUGCAUCUAGAUGGGACUGGACUGGAAGAAUGGCCAACCUCUAUUCCAUUUCUUGACAAGCUAAGAUUCUUAUCUACAAAUCAUUGUGAAGAGCUUAAGACUCUGCCCAGCAGCAUUCAUUUGAAUGCUCUGGAAAAUCUUGACCUCUCUUGGUGCUCGAGUCUCGAGAAUUUUCCAGACAUUGUGGGGAAGAAUAUCAAGAACUUGAAUGUAGGACACACUGCAUUAGAAGAAUUGCCAUCAUCAAUAGGGUCACUCACUUCGCUUGCCAACUUGAACCUGCGAGAGACAGAUAUAAAAAAAUUGCCUUCAUCAAUUGGAAAUUUGUCUUCACUCGUUGAGUUGAAUCUCAAAGAAUGUUCAAUAGAUGAACUGCCAUCAUCAAUUGGGUGUCUUUCUUCACUGAUGAAACUGAAUAAGGCUUUUUGUCGUAUUAAAAAGUUGCCCUCGUCGAUUGGAGAACUCUCUUCGCUUGUUGAAUUGAAUCUUAAGAACACUCCAUUAACAGCAUUGCCUUCAUCAAUUGGAUGCCUAGCUUCACUUGUUAAGCUGAAUUUGGCAUUUACAGAGAUAAAAGAAUUACCUCAAUCAAUUGGAUCUCUCUCUUCACUUGUUGAGUUGAAGUUGAGCCAAUGUCCUAAUCUUGAGAGACUUCCUAGCAGCAUUGGUGAGCUGAAAUGCCUUGAAAAGUUUUAUCUUUGCGGUAAUAGAAAACUAAGGAGUAUUCGAAGCAGCAUUUGUGAACUAAAACUCCUGCAAGAUCUUUAUCUUAAUCACUGUACAAAGCUCAGUAAAUUGCCUUCUUUAUCUGGUCUCGGUUCCGUAAGAGAUCUCGUUCUAAGCUACACAGGAAUAGUGAAACUCCCGCGCAGCCUAGGCGACUUAUCAUCAUUGCAGGUUCUGCUUCUAAAGGGAAAUAAUUUCAUGAGAAUUCCUUCAAGUAUUAAACAUCUUACAUGGUUGGAAGUGAUUGACGUAUCAUAUUGCAAGAGACUCAAGGCCUUACCAGAGCUUCCUCAGCGUAUAAGAGCUGUAAUAGCACUAAACUGUAUAUCUCUGAAGACAGUUUCAAGUCCAUUCAUUCAAUUUCAAGAUUCACACGGACAAUCUCCGGAUGCCAAAUACGGAUUCACAUUUGCUAAUUGCGUGAGCCUGGAGAAGAAUGCGCUUAACUACAUUGUCGAAAAUGUAAAGCUCAAAAUCCACCAUUUGGCAACUGCACUACUUCAACAUUUCGCGACUGAUGAAGAAAUUUUGGUUUCUCCGGUUGUGUGUUUCCCAGGAACUGAAAUCCCUGGAUGGUUCAGGUAUCAAACUACAGGGGAUUCAAUAACCAUCCUGCUAUCUACGAAUUGGUACGAUAACAGAUUCGUGGGAUUCACAUUUUGUGCUGUAAUAGAAUUGGAGAAUCAUCGGUAUGAAAAUGGUUUCACUUUUCUAUGCAAAUGUGUCAUUGAAAAUGAAAACGGUGGGGAACUCGCAUUCACAUCCGAGGAGAUAGGAGAAUGGAGGGACCAGAUCAUGUUCGAGUCGGAUCAUGUUUUUAUUUGGAACACUAGCUGUUUCGACAUUUUUGAAAAGGAAAGAUGCGAACAUCUUAGAAAGAACUCAUGCACUGCUAGAUUUGAGUUCGAGUCUUACAUCCAGGACGACUAUAAGGUAAUGCUGCCGGGUUCAAACAGUUUCAAAGUUAAAAAAUGCGGGUUUAAUCUGGUAUAUGCCGAUGAGGAGAAGAAGAGACUGGAUCAAAUAGAUCAAGCCAGCUCUUCUUAUGAUCCAAUGCAGGAUGUAGAAUUUGGAGAACAUGUAAUGGAUUUUCACGCUAACAAGAAAAUGAGAAGUGAAGACAAUUGUUUUAAUUAA